CCUUCACCCCAAAUUUCACCUUGUUUAGGUUUUAAAUGUUUUUAGUUGAAACACAAUUCUUGAUUCGUUCUAUUAAUUGUGUUUGGUUAAGUAAAGAAAUUAUUUCAUUUCUGAAUGCUGAAUGAAAAUUAAACAUGAAAUAAAUAAAGUGUCUUUUCUCUUUUUAUGCAUUGAAUGAGGCUUUUCCUGAUAAUAUGAUCCGUCAAGGAAGUAUUGAUGACAUCAAUGCACAGCAGUUCCUAAAAAUCUCUAAUUAUGAGGAUACAGUGAGACAGCUGGACAUAUACUAUGCUAUAGUUAAGAGACAACUACUAAGAUUUCAAAGUCCAAUAACUGGAUUAUUCCCAGUGUUGUCUUCUGAUCUGCACAUUGGCAGUGUAAGAGACAGUGUAUAUUGUGCAGCAGCAGUAUGGGGCUUAUAUCAAGCAUACAGGCGUAUUGAUGACGACAGAGGCAAGUCGCACGAACUUGGUCAGAGCACUGUAAAAUGCAUGCGCGGUAUACUCGAAUGCUGGAUAAAGCAAGCAUCCACAGUGGAGGCCUUCAAAACCCGACAAAGUGCAGCGCAUGCUCUACAUGUCAAAUUUCACCUCACUACAGGCGAGCCUGUGUUGAGUGAUGAACAGUACCACCACUUGCAGAUAGAUGUGAUAUCACUGUACCUGUUGUUCUUAGUUCAAAUGAUAACAUCUGGGCUUCAAAUUAUCUACACACAGGAUGAAGUUGCGUUUGUACAAAAUUUAGUGUACUAUGUAGAAAGAGCAUACCGGACCCCCGACUAUGGAAUGUGGGAGAGAGGCUCCAAGUACAAUGAUGGAAAACCAGAGAUCCAUGCCUCAUCCAUAGGUAUGGCCAAGGCGGCCUUAGAAGCCAUUAAUGGGUGCAAUCUGUUUGGCGAUAAGGGUGCGUCGUGGAGCGUUGUGUAUGUCGAUAUCGAUGCGCACAACCGAAACAGGAGCAUCUUCGAGACGAUGCUGCCUCGGGAGUCUAGUUCUAAGGGAGUGGACGCUGCACUUUUACCUACUAUAUCGUUCCCGGCGUUUGCUACACACGAAGAGCUACUCGUUCAGUUAACCAAGAAUAACAUCCUUAAUCGAUUGCAAGGAAAAUAUGGGUUUAAACGAUUUAGUCGAGAUGGCUACAAAUGUGUUUUAGAAGAUACUAAUAGAAGGUAUUACAAUGAAGGAGAGUUGAAAGAGUUCGACGGCAUGGAGUCGGAGUGGCCGCUGUUCUACGUGAUGAUGAUCAUCGAUGGCGUUUUCCGAACGCUGCCCGACCAAGUUGAGGAGUACCAGAAACUGCUCAAAUCUCGGAUCUAUAUGGACGAAUAUGGCGACCCGGUAAUCCCUUGGUACUACUACGUACCGCGCGAAGGAAUCGAGGCUGAACGGGCAGAACCUUAUUCUGUACGCAGAAUACCAGCCAACCAUCAAGGAGAAGGCGAUAAUAAAGACACAGGCGGGCUGUUCCUCUGGGCGCAGUCGCUUUUCGUGCUGGCGCAGUUACUGACGGGCGGACUACUGCAUGUUAACGAGUUGGACCCCAUCCGGCGAUAUCUGCCUUCGUACAACAGGCCAAGACGCGCCGGACGGUACUCCGCCUUCCAGGGUAUAGCAACUGACCUCGUCGUGCAAGUGGUUCUGAUCGCCGAGUCGAUGCGUUUGCAAGCCAUGAUGGGCACAUACGGGAUCCAGACGCAGACUCCUCACGAAGUUGAGCCUGUGCAGAUAUGCAGUUCCACGCAACUAGUCCAUGUGUACAGAGAGUUAGGCGUGUGCGGGAAGCUGAAACUGACUGGAAGACCCAUAAGACCUGUCGGUUCGCUUGGUACAAGUAAGAUCUAUAGAGUGUGUGGUAUGACGGUGUUGUGCUAUCCGUUGAUAUUCGAGGUAUCGGAAUUUUACCUGUAUCGAGAUAUGGCUUUGCUAAUCGACGAUAUUAAGACAGAAUUGCAAUUUGUUGGAAAAUAUUGGCGUCUGUCUGGUCGCCCAACAGUUUGUUUGUUGGUCCGUGAGGAGCACAUGCGUGACCCGCACUUCAAGCAGAUGCUGGACCUAUUCGCCAUGCUCAAGAAGGGCCAUUGCGACGGCGUCAAAGUACGCCUCGGUAGACUGCAGAAUUUGAUAUCCAGCUCUUGUAUUGAGCAUCUUGACUUUAUGAGUCAAGGCGAUUUCCCAUCGGAAAUGUUCACGCAGUUCAAGCAACUGCAGCACGACUACAUCGGCUACCAGUCGCUUACUGACGUCCCUCGAACCCUCACCUAUAAAGAAGAGGCCCUCGACUACGAGGCGUAUAAACACCGAUCUACACCCGAUGUUGUUUCCACUUUACGCACCACUACUAACAUAUUCGCGCAGUGUCAACUGUGGGGGAUACUGAUGCAGCGAGAAGGACCCAUGUAUGAGAUAAACGGGACGAGUGCUCUGGACGCUCUAAAGGGUCUGUACGGCAGUGCCGGCGUGCUACGGCAUUGGCGCGCUGUCCGCUACUGCUCGUCGCUUCUGAGCCACACCGUGGAUUCUAUAAGCCCUUUCAUCACCACAGUACUCGUCAGCGGCAAACAGCUGACUGUCGGCGUGAUCGGACGCAAAGAGACGGUGUUCGAUAAGCCCAUGACUCCCGGGGAGAUCCAAUCUGUGAUGUACUCAACCAUACAGCCAUACGACAUCAUUGGCGCUGUGCUGCAACAGGAGAUAGUUCUCUAUUGUGGCCGUCUAAUCGGAACCAAUCCAGAUAUGUUCCGCGGUAUUCUCAAAAUCCGCGUUGGUUGGGUGCUCGAGGCCAUCCGUAUAUAUUUAGAUCUUUUCCCGCAAGAGAAGCGAGCUGACGCCACAUUAGAGAGCUUGUCCCCAUACAAGCUCCGCACUUUGCUACAGAGAGUGCUUACUGUAUCCGACUGGGCUGAGGAAAAAGGAUUAACACCCUUAGAGCGACGUAGAUUAGAGGGCUGCCUGUGUCGUGUGCCAAAACAUUUUUAUAUGCAAGUUUGGGACAUUCUUUUGCGAACGCCUAAAGGAAUCGUUGUAGAGGGUCACGCAAUCCCCGCGCAACCAACGCUAGUGAACAUGUCGCGCUCGGAGUUAUCGUUCGCCCUACUAGUUGAAGAGGCACUAGUGCGUGUUCCUUCUGCUGAGAGACGUCAACUGUGUGUCGAGCUUUUGUGCGUACUGGCCACUAUACUGCGCCGCAACCCGGAGCUUUAUCUACAGCAGCCGUUGCACCUUGACAGACUUUUGGACGACGCGGAGCUCACGUAUGCUAAGGACAGUGGCGUGGCAGAGGCCGGUGCGCUGAGUGCGGCGAUGCCGGGCGUAUCGCUGGGGUACCUGGCGCGAGCGGUGGUCAACAGCGUGCUCCAAACUGCGGCCGCGCCGCAUUCGGAACGUGCGGCGCAUUCACACGACGCAUGCCUAGUCGGUUAGACUGAAGUCUAUAUACAUACCAGUCCAUUCACUAUAACUUGUCUUCUGUAUAAAAUCGGGGACAAGUAAUUAGUCAAUGGACUGUAGUCUUCAUUCACCCAACUUCUUAUACGCGUGGAUAUAUUUUAGGGAUGAAUAAAAAGUUAUAUUAUCCGAAUGGCGUUCAAAUCCGUAGCUAAGCUAAAGAGCAUGGUAUGCCGCAAAUAAUAAAGUUAAAGUUUAGUACUAAAGACAACAUUAUACGCUCGUGGAGUGAAUAUUGCGACCAGGUGCUUAGUCUGGGUACAUUAGCGCGGUAAUACUUAUUGGAAGCUGCGAAGUAUACAUGGGUUUUGUUUUUCAUAGUUUUUUUUACAAAUUGAUAUUAAUAAUACAAGAGGUAUUAUCAAUCUGCCAAUUAAAAAAAUCAUCUGGCAAAAUCAUGGAACAAUUGAAUCCUAUAUAAUUUUAUAUUAGUUUAUAAGAGUAUUUUAUUAUGACUAAAUCAUUGAUUACGUAUGCAUAAUUGUGUAUAUCGAUCUAGUAGGGAAGCAAUGUUGUAAUCGUUGUUAAAGAACUUUUAAUUAAACACUAUGAAAGAAAAAAAGACAGAUUUUAGAUAUUAUCGCUAUAAUCGCCCAUCGCCAUCCAUGUCAAUGAAUCUGUACUGAUAUUUUUUGUAAAUUAAAAGAAUAAUUUUAUAAAAGAUUUACUAUAUUAUAUUGUUAUGACUACAGUUCUCUGUAAGUUCCAAUUUCUUCUUACCUGUCUUAAAAUGUAAUGAAUGUAUUAAUAACUAUUUAUUAGAAAACUUCUAAAAAUAUUUAAAAAAUAAUAGAAAGAUACAUAGAUAAAUUGGUUCUUUCCUGUUUUUAACACAUACAUUGCACUAUAAAGUAUUGGAAAGAUUACAUUUUAAGACAUGUAAAACGAAAUGAAUUUUAAGUACACAUACCUAAAUCAAUGACAUGUAUUAUUUUUUUAUAAAAUAUUUAUAAUACUAGGUACCUGCAUACCUAUGUUUAUAUUUAACCAUCAUUAGAUAAGUAGUAA